GGAUGGGCGGGGCCGAGCCGGCGAGGCCGGCCCCACGUGACCGGGGCCGCUUCAAUCGGCGGGUGCGCUCGAGGCUGGAGUCAGACACAAGAUGGCGACCGUGGAGUCGGAAACCACUACACAGCCCCAGUCUUCAGAAGAAGAAGGUAAAACUGAGACAGCGAGUCCGGAAAUCGUGAAGCCUGAACACUAUAUAAAGCAUCCAUUACAAAACAGAUGGGCACUUUGGUUCUUCAAAAAUGACAAAAAUAAAACUUGGCAAGCAAAUCUGCGUCUGAUAUCCAAAUUUGAUACAGUGGAAGACUUUUGGGCUCUUUACAAUCAUAUCCAACUCUGUAGUAAUUUAAUAUCAGGCUGCGAUUACUCUCUCUUCAAGGAUGGUAUUGAACCUAUGUGGGAAGAUGAAAAAAACAAACGAGGAGGGCGAUGGUUGCUUACACUUUCUAAACAACAGAGAAAAACAGAUCUGGAUCGUAUAUGGCUAGAAACUCUACUGUGCCUUAUAGGAGAAGCAUUUGAUGAACAUAGUGAUGAUGCUUGUGGUGCAGUAGUUAAUGUUAGAAACAAAGGUGACAAAAUAGCAAUAUGGACUACUGAUUGUGAAAAUAGAGAAUCUAUCACAUAUAUAGGGAGAAUUUACAAGGAAAGGUUAGGGCUUCCUCCUAAAGUAGUGAUUGGCUACCAAUCCCAUACAGACACUGCCACAAAAAGUGGAUCGACAACCAAGAACAGGUAUGUUGUUUGAGAAGGCAGGCAUCAGUUGUAUGCUCAUCACUAGAAGACUGGACGCGUAAAGCAAUCUACACUUCAAAUUAAACCAAAGCUUCUAGUAAGCAGAGUGGGACUUCAUUCUACUAUUAUACAUAAGUCUGCAAGUUUUCAGUCCGUUUUCUAUCUCUGACCUUGUUCAGUAUUCUGUGAAAUAACCCUUUCCCUUCAAAAUGUUUUAUGAAUCUUUUGGUUCCAGAAAUUUUCAAAAAGUGUUUAAGUAUAGCUUGAAAAGUGAAAUAUUUUAAAAAGCUGUAGAUUUUUGUUCUGGGAGAAGAAUAGUUUUCCGCACACUAAAUACAGCACAAUUUCAAUUUUCUUUGGUGGGAUGGGGCUUGUAUAAGCAUUUAGUAAUUUUGGAAGGGAAAGGGUUAAGAAGAUCUUGUCCGAAUGUUGUAGUACUUAGCAAUUUAGUUCACUUCUGACCUUUUGUUUUGAGCAGCAAACAGAUGAGUUGCUGUAAUCCGUGCUUGAUGUUAGCUGUUAGGUUUAAUUUAUUCAUUGAUUUCAAAUUUUAAAAAGCUCUAAUAUCAGCUUGGUUUAAAUUAGAUCAUGAGAUGUAAUGCGUGUUUGGGACUGGGCGUAUAGUUUUAAAUUGGUAGUAUUCAAAAUUUGUCAUGUGCAUUACUUAAUCCUGCUACAUUAAUACAGAAUUCACAGAUUGAUUUAAACUUUAACUUUGAACAAGCUUUUGCAGUUUAGUAGUGAUUUUUACUUUUUGGGCAAGUGUGUGGGUUUCUCUUCAAAAAAAAAGUGUAUUUUGUUUUUUUAGAUUGCAAUACAAUAAUUACAUUCCUUGCUCGAGAUGUUGAAAUAUAUUGAAAUCCUCUAUAUGUUUUGUAUUGUUAUGCUGUAUUUUAAAACUUGUAUCCUUAGAAGAAUCUAUUUUGCAUUGGUUAUAAAGGCUGAAUUAGGAAGAUGGUCCCAAAAAGCAAACGUAUUAAAAGUGUAAAAACAAGAACUGUAAAUAAAACUUGUACAGUGAAAUUUCUUGCA